CCCGGACCUGCAUCCGUGACAGCCAUGUCCAUGUCCGCCUCACUUUGGUCUUUGACAUACUGCCGAGCCUCCUUAUCAAAGAGGUUGCUCCAAUGGCGAUGUGAAUAAGUCGAGUUUAAAGCUCAUACUAAAGCAACGAGGGGUGCAUGGCGGCGUCUCCCCUUGCGCCCGCUUCUCAUCGGUUUCGCCAGUUGACACCGGGGUUUUGUCCUUGAUGAUGUUUCGCGAUUGGCUCUUCUACGUUAUCUGAAGUUCGCAAGCCGCUCAGGUUGCCGCAACUAUCUCCAACUAGGUCAUUGGCUAGAAAUUGCCUUGAUCUAAACGUCGUGGGAGCUAACACACCCGAGACACCACACAGUCAUUCCCUCCCUCCAUUGCGCUGUGGAUAUAUUUCCCUCGUGAUCGUCAUCGUCACGGUAUCUAGCCUGUUACGAGUUGUCAUCUAUUCUCAGGGAACUUUGGUGGCCAAGAGCCAUUCUUGCCAGACAUGACUUUGGCACCUGGUGACCUCCUUGUCAACCGUUGAGGCUUAUAUCCCUCCGUUUUGGGCUACACCUGUAUUCCCCGCCCUAUCAUACCCUUAUAUCUCCCUAUCUCGAUCCUCUUUUCCUACUGGAAGUCCAGUUAUCCUUCUUUUACCAUUGCACUACACCCAUUCCCAAAAGCAUAUCUUUCGACCAUACAUCUUGAAUAUCUCAGCAUGGAUGCUUACUCGAUAUGUUGCACUAGUCCUGCCGCUAGGCACACAUCUAAAAUCUACCAGGAUCUCUGGUCUACCCGUCCACAUACUCGUGUUGGGUAUGAUCAAGAUAAGAUCUUGACGAAAUUUGUCGCCAUGGAUAGUUUGAAACAGCGUUGGAGUGGUGAUCAGACCUCAAAACCACAUAUUGGUAUAGUCGGUGCUGGUCUCGCUGGCCUUCGAUGUGCAGAUAUUCUCAUUCAGAAUGGCUUCAAAGUCACUAUCAUUGAGGCUAGGAAUCGAGUUGGUGGCCGCUUGCAUCAAGAGGUCCUUCCAAAUGGUCACUUGGCUGAUGUCGGUCCCAAUUGGAUCCAUGGAACCAACGAUAAUCCAAUGCUAGAUCUGGCCAAGCAAACGAAUACUGCCAUCAGCGACUGGGAUUCAACGUCUUGUGUCUUUGACGAGUCUGGCGAGCUCUUGUCCCUCAAGGAUGGUGAAAAAUACUCCACUAUCAUGUGGGAUAUUAUCCAGGACGCCUUCAAGCACUCCAACAGCAACUCGUCUGAUAUCGAUUCGAAAGAAAGUCUUCACGACUUCUUUGUCCAGAAGGUUACGGAGAGGGUACCUGAUACUGAAGCCGACCAUGAAAGGAGACGAAGCAUUGUCAUGCAAAUAUCUGAGAUGUGGGGCGCUUUUAUCGGCAGUCCUGUCUAUAGACAAAGCCUGAAGUUCUUUUGGUUAGAAGAGUGUAUAGAAGGAGAGAAUCUAUUUUGUGCCGGCACAUACAAGAAGGUUCUUGAUGAAGUUGCGAAGCCUGCUCUCGGGGGAGCCGAGAUCAAGUUCCAGACCAAGGUAGACAGAAUAUCAUAUCGAUCAAAUCCUGAGGACAAGGCCAAGGUCACAACAGAAGGCGGCCAGACACUUGAGUUUGACGAGAUUGUUGUCACCGCACCCCUUGGCUGGCUAAAACAAAACCUCGACGCUUUUGAGCCUGCGCUACCUGCUCGGAUGACCAAGGCAAUUAAUGCCAUCGGCUAUGGAUGCCUUGAAAAGGUCUACAUCAACUUUCCCAAGCCUUACUGGCUCGGUAAAGAAGGUGACGACCGAAAAGCAGAGGGCUUUGUACAGUGGCUCUCACCAAAUUAUGUUCCUGAUCUGAACCCAAGACGAUGGAAUCAAGAGGUCGUGGAACUUGCCAGUCUGGACCCAGAGGUUUCACAUCCAACUCUUCUCUUCUACACAUACGGCGAGCAGUCGCAGUAUAUUACGAGCGAGCUAUUGAAGAUAUCGGAUCCCCAGAAGAAGGACGAGUUCCUCCUCAACUUCUUCAAGCCAUAUUACUCACGGCUUCCGCAUUACUCGGAGAGUAACCCUGAUUGCAAGCCGUCUGGUUUUAUGGCUACGGAUUGGCUUCACGAUGAGCUUUCGGGAUUUGGAAGCUAUAGUAAUUUCCAGGUUGGUUUGGAAGAGGGUGAUGGUGAUAUCCGGACAAUGCGAGAGGGUUUGCCGGAUCAUGGAUUGUGGCUGGCAGGCGAGCACACUGCGCCGUUUGUUGGUCUAGGCACGGCGACUGGAGCCUACUGGAGCGGUGAGGCUGUUGGUAAGAGAAUAGCGGAGGCUUAUUACGGACGAUCCAAGUAAGUAAGGGACCUUUGAAGAUUUGAUGGAUUCUUCAGUGAGAAGAGGACACCGUCAACCGUUUGUGGUUAGAGUAGCAAUAGACAAGAUGCCUAAAGCGGCCGUUAGAGAAACCUUGGCAAGGA